UGCCAUGUCAAAGGGCAGGAAUGCGCCAUGCGCCACCAAUCGCGAGCCUCAAACCGCCACACAUCCCUGGCAAGCACCAACCACGACGAGAGUGACGACUCCCUUAUCGAGGGAGAAUCAUAUCGAUGCAGUCUGGUGACGAGUGAGGAGGAGGAAAUUAACAAGGAAAGAUUGGACUUGUGGUUGGACUUGGCCGUGAACGUCCGCGGAUCUUGACGCAAACAGCUCUAGCAGGUAAUCAAAGCUUGGUUGUACCACGUACGUAUAUUUUACCGUGACAGUAUCGUUGCACGCGUGCUUUCCAGUAUAAAGACGACAAGUGCAUUCCACCUCUCACCGUCGCAACGCUGCUUCCAUCUCUGGUGCAAACGUUUAUCCGUCUUCAGCCCCCUCCUGUAUCUACUUGAGCUGUACCUUUACCACACCACUACCACCACUACCACAACACCUCCCCAUACACAACAAUUACCCAGAAACAGAACAUAUCAAGAAAACAUGUUCAAAUCCAGGGCGGCUCGUGGAAACAACACGGCGAACUACAACAACAACACUCCCGCUGUUCACGACAACGCCACGACCGACUAUGGCGCUCCCGCUGCUCGAUCGAAUACCCUUCACCGCCCGCUCCUCCUCGCCAACCAUAUCCUCCACUGGAUUUCCUCGCUCAUCGUUCUGGGCAUCUCGGCAUACUUGAUCCACGACUUUAGGAAGAAUACGCAUCUUGUGUACUGGGUUGCUAUUGCCGCCCUCGAUGUCAUCCUCUACCUCCCCGCCCUAGCCCUUCCCGUAGUCAAAACCUACAAGGGCUAUCUCGCCCCGCUUGCAUGGAUCUUCUCCUACCUGUGGCUCACGGCCUUCAUCUUUGCAGCCCAGGACUACGCAGGAGACAGGUGCCUGUUCUUUUCGCCCGCUUUCGUGGACAAGUGCGCGCUGAAGAAGACGUUGGCGGCAUUUGCUUUCAUCGCAUUCUUCACGAGCCUCGUUGGCACGCUUCUUGAGACCAGGCUCUACGAUGUGCACCGCCACACGAACGUUCACCACACGAACAACACUUUCGAGUCCGAUAAGCAUCAUGCUUCCAGGCCCGUUGGCGGCGUCGGUGGUGGUGUUGGUGGUGUUGAGCAUCCCGUUACCACUGUACCGCAUACUGGUCCUACUGGUCCCGCUAUUGUGUAAACGGUUGGUCGUGACCUCUCCGCUUCAGAUGAACGCGGUCUAGGGAAGUGCGAGUCCAAACGACGUGUGUAGUUUUAGUACUUUGUAAAGCCUAUUAUCCCUCCCGUAUACAAGUUUGAUUAGGGGUUUUCUUUUUACGGCUUGGGAGGUUUUGGGUUCUGGGGUCGUUAAUGUAUAAUCGUGCAACGUGUAUGACGUGGAAACGCUUCAUUGCGUAACCAAUACAAUAUC